AGGCUGCUCGAGUAUUCAGUAUAUCAGAAUGACCCUCCGAGCAAUGAGCAGCUUCAUCAUUGGAAUCGCAGUUAUUUGCUGCCUAUGGCCUCGCGUGCAAGGAUUUCAAAUGCUCCUGGAAGAGGAUUGCGGGGUUCCACAUAAAAUUGUUAAACGAAGUGUGAAUGCAAAUUUGACGGAGAAUCCUUGGAUGGCCUACUUGGAAACUUCAAAGGGAUUCCAUUGCUCUGGCACUCUAAUUAAUCACUUGUUCGUCUUAACGGCAGCUCACUGUAUUCCGGACGACUUGCAAAUAACCGUUCGCCUGGGAGAGUACAACACGAAGACUAAGGUGGACUGUGUCAACCACAUGUGCCAGGAACCCUUCCAGGAGUACAAUGUGGAUUUGGGCAUCAGGCAUAUGUUUUACAAUGCGAAUGACCAAACCAACGACAUCGGCAUGCUGCGACUCGGAAGGAGGGUGGAGUACUUACGUCACAUACGUCCCAUUUGCAUUUUCGCAAGCAACCGUUUCAAGAAUCUGAUAGACCAGCUCAACUGGUUUACGACCACCGUUUGGCGUGAAACCGCCGCAAACGCAUCGAGCCAAGUUCUCCAGACCAUGGACAUCGAUCGCCAACCCACAGGGACGUGCUCCGAAAUCUAUGAAAGGAAUACGACAUCCGAACAGAUCUGCGCCGGCAACACCUUGAGUCAACUCUGCAGCACCGACUCCGGGGCUCCGCAGAUGCGCAUAAUGUGGCACAACGGCUCAGACCGCUAUGUGCAACUGGGCAUCGCCAGCAGGGUGAAGGGCCAGUGCCAGAACGCUGGCAUAUUCACAGAUCUCUUGAGCUACGCAGACUGGAUCAAACGGGUGGUACAGCAAUACGGACCCUCCACGGAUGUGAACCCUUCAUCGAGGAAACAAAAAUGGCUCGAUACAAUGCCAGAAUUUUACUACCCGAAAUAAUAUAACAUCAAUAGUAAGCUUUUA